CGAAGUGAGUAGUUCUCUUCUCCGUGGUUGGAACUGGCGGCUGCUCGGAGAUUGCGCCAGGAAAUGCCAUAAGGAUGAUCUUGAGUCCGGCGAACCUCUCGCACUUUUGGAGUUCCAUCAGAGUCGCCUCGUUCCGUAGGAAGAGUCACUCCUUGCUCCCCCGACACAGGAGGCGUUGCUGUUCUUCGCCACUCAUAGCGUUCGCCCAACAGGCAGAAGAGCAAUCGUUGGUUGUGGUGGGUGGUGGUGCUGCUGGAGUCUAUGCUUCAAUUAGAGCGAAGUCUCUAGCUCCGCACCUAAAUGUGCUGGUUAUUGAAAAAGGGAAACCAUUAGCGAAGGUUAAAAUUUCCGGGGGAGGUCGAUGCAAUGUGACAAAUGGACAUUUCUUUGAUGCAGCGAGACUAGUGGAUAAUUAUCCUCGAGGAAAUAGAGAACUGAGAGGCUCUUUUUUCAACAUUCAUGGACCAAAGGACACAAUAUGCUGGUUUUCUGAUCAUGGGAUUAAGCUUAAGACAGAAGAUGAUGGAAGAGUUUUCCCCGUUAGCAACAACUCAUCAUCUAUUGUAGAUUGUCUUCUCAAUGAAGCAAAGAGGCAUGGAGUUGUAAUGCAGAUGGGAAAAACAGUUUCGGAGGUGUCUUUAAGUGAUAAUGGCCAAUUUCUUCUAAAGGUGGAGAAAAGAACAAUGGAUCUAGUCGAACACUUUAAGGCUGAUUAUGUAUUAAUGGCCACUGGGAGCAGUCGACAGGGCUACAAAAUUGCCGUCCAACUUGGUCAUUCUAUAAUCGACCCAGUUCCCAGUCUAUUCACCUUUAAAGUUGAGGAUACAGAACUAUCAAGUUUGUCAGGGGUCACAUUUCCUAAAGUUAAAGCAAAGUUGAAACUGAAAAAUAUCCAAAAGAACUUGCCGGAAUAUACACAGGUUGGACCUAUGCUAGUUACCCAUUGGGGCCUUAGUGGGCCUGCGAUUCUUCGCUUAUCUGCCUGGGGAGCUCGUGAACUUUUUCUCUCUGAAUAUUCAGGAAUGCUUAUGGUAGACUUUAUACCUGACAUCCAUUUAGAAGAUGUGAAACACAUCCUUUUCCAGCAUAAAGACCAGCUUGCAAAAACUAAGGCGUCCAACUCAUUUCCUUCACAGUUCAAUUUGGUAAAACGAUUUUGGAGAUAUUUAUUGGAACGCGAGGGUUUGGAAGCAGACAUAUUAUGGGCUUCAAUUUCGAACAACCAUUUGACUUCCUUAGCUCUACUUUUAAAGCAAUGUCCGUUUAAAAUAGCAGGAAAAGGUCAAUUCAAAGACGAAUUUGUCACGGCCGGAGGCAUCCCACUCUCUGAGAUAUCACUAAACACUAUGGAAAGCAAAGUAACACCAAAUCUAUUUUUUGCGGGCGAGGUACUAAAUGUAGAUGGGAUUACUGGCGGAUUCAAUUUUCAGAAUGCCUGGAGCGGUGGAUACAUUGCCGGGACAAAAAUUGGCGAGCGGGCAUCAAACAACAGGAGAUUGUGUGAAUAAAUCUUUCAUAUAUUUUAUAUUAUUAAUGUAAAAAAUAUUUAACCAUCAUUUGAUGAAUAAAACAUUAUGAUUAUGAAUUAUCUGAAACAAUUUGAAUUUUGAUGUUUA